ACCAUGAGUAAAUCCACCAAGUCCAAACUCGCACAACAAUACGGAGGACUCCACUCAGGACGCUGGGUGUCCAGGCUUCCUGCAUCAUGGAUCCCCUACGUGCAAUUGGCACGACUCAGUCCUCCAGCAGGACUGGCGCUUAUUUAUUUUCCGCAUUUGUUUGGAGCACUCCUCGGGGCAGUGAUUCAAGAUGCUCCCCUUGUUCGAGUGAUCUGGACAUGCGCAAUUCUACUUCCUUGGAGCCUCUUCUUCUCCAACGCCGCUCACGCCUGGAACGAUGCCGUUGAUGCACCUCUCGACGCUGCAGUCGCACGUACUCGUCAAAGGCCGAUUCCACGUGGCGCUGUGUCGACUCGCGCCGCGGUGAUCUUUGCGCUUUCUCAAGCCCUCUUGGGGAUCACUGUCCUCUCCUUUGGCUUCUCGGGUGGCAAAGGACAAGGCCCAGCUUUCUAUGUGUUACCGAAUGCUAUGGCAACGAUCUAUUAUCCUUACGCUAAGCGUCAUACGCAUUUUGCCCAGUUCGUCCUGGGCUUUUGCCUUGCGUGGGGUGUGGUUAUUGGAUGCGCGGCCAUGGGCCUCGAACCCGCGUACCUGAUGAUGGCAUGCGUGCUCUGGACAGCUAUCUACGAUACUAUAUACGCCCACCAGGACCUGGCUGAUGAUAAAGGUCUCGGCUUGUGUAGUUUGGCAGUGCUAUUGGGAUACCGUGGCACCAAACCCGCACUCGGAUUAUUUCUGUGUUGUAUGGUGACUAUGCUUGUGGCGUGUGCUGUCUCGUCGGGGGUCAUGGGAUGGUGGCCGUACCUCGUUAUUGCCCCUGGCGGGUCUUUGCUUUCUCUUGGUUGUAUGAUAUGGUAUGUCAAUCUGAAAGAUUCGGGGAGUUGCUGGUGGUGGUUCGGCCAUGGCUUCUGGACCGCUGGACUUUCCCUGGCAGGUGCCUUUACUGCUGAGUAUCUCGUGCAUCAUUCAUUUCUUGCGUAGUAUGGGGCGACGAAAUUGGGAGACAACAAUUUACAUAUGUUCAAGAUAAAUCGUACUACUUUUUCUCUUCAGCUUGAAAACUAUAUGGG